AUGUGCCAGAGGCAGCGGUUAAACUGUAACCGGCCUGGGGUAAACUCUAACGGCCUGGCCGCUGCUGGGGGAAAGUUUGGAGUCACGAACUUAGAGGGACCCGGGCACCGGCUCAACCACGGCUUCGGCUCUCCACUUCACUUAGAUCUUGCUGUGACCAAGGACAAGGAGAAAAUGCCACACAAGAUUGAAGGCUUCUUCUUGUUACUUCUCUUUGGCUAUGAAGCCUUUGACUACGACUUUUGUGACUUGUGCUCCUCUGGAUGCUUGCAGGAUGAGGGUGAGGACCCCUGGUACCAGAAAGCAUGCAAGUGUGAUUGCCAGGUAGGAGCCAAUGCUCUGUGGUCUGCUGGAGCUACCUCCUUAGACUGUAUUCCAGAAUGCCCAUAUCACAAGCCCCUGGGUUUCGAGUCAGGGGAGGUCACGCCAGAUCAGAUCACUUGCUCCAACCCAGAGCAGUAUGUGGGCUGGUAUUCCUCAUGGACAGCAAACAAGGCCCGACUCAACAGUCAAGGUUUUGGGUGUGCUUGGCUUUCCAAGUAUCAGGACAGCAGCCAGUGGUUACAGAUAGAUUUGAAGGAGAUCAAGGUGAUUUCGGGGAUCCUGACCCAAGGACGCUGUGACAUAGACGAGUGGGUGACCAAGUACAGUGUGCAGUAUAGGACUGAUGAGCGCCUGAACUGGAUCUACUAUAAGGAUCAGACCGGAAACAAUCGGGUCUUCUAUGGAAACUCAGACCGGAGUUCUACAGUUCAGAACUUACUCAGGCCCCCCAUCAUUUCCCGCUUCAUCCGACUGAUCCCUCUAGGCUGGCAUGUCCGAAUUGCCAUCCGGAUGGAGCUGCUUGAGUGUGCCAGCAAGUGUGCCUGAUGUCUAUUUCAGCUCAGUUCUGUCACUUGCAGGGAGAGCUUUGGGGGGAGGGCACCCUGAAAUACCACUGGGAUGAAUGGGGCUAUAUCUUAUAAGCACUUUACAAUGUAGAUCUGGGUAGAGAAUAUUUCACUUUUUAAAAGAUAGUUUCAAAUUUCAAAGGGAGAGAGAGAGAGAGAGAGAGAGAGAGAGAGAGAGAGAGAGAAGCUUUUAAGCUUUUCUUCAACUCAGGGCCAAAGAAAAUAAGAACAAAGAAAGUAUCUCUCAAACCAAUUUUCUUACACAAACCCAAAUAGCAGGGGUAAUUUGCUGCUCUGGCUCCCCAUCUUUUUCUCUUUGUCUCAGUGACACCGUCAAAGGUGCAGGCCCAGGGGAACACAAAGCAGCUCUGAUAAUUUGAAAAUUCUUUUUGGCUCUUAGCACAUUCAGAAGAGGAGCGUACUCUUUGGCAAAGCCUCACAUGAACACUUGCAUGAAAUCCUCACUAUAGAGGCCUGGUGACAAGUACAUAGGUGUGAAGAAAGCAGAAGGAAGCCUGGCGUAUGGCCCACGAGUCUGGAGCCAGUAACCAACCAACCAACUAACCAACUAACCAACCAGUCAAGGCUUCCCCCUCCCUGGAAUUGCUUUUGCCUGGAAGGGGUGGAGCUCCUUGUGCAGAAACUCCAUUCUACAGCCCUUUUGGCAAUGUGUCCUUCUGUGAUUGCCUGGAGAUGAAUGCAAGGGGCAGGCUAUAUGUGUGUGUGGAUAGUGAGGUUUCCCUUAAACUGAGGAAGCCCAAAUAACUAGAAUACAUCACACCUUCUUUAUCCAUGGCUACAGUUUCCCAGAAAUUGAACAGGCUUAGAAAACAGCUGAGAUAAACCAUAUCUCUAUCUACUGGGAAGAGAUCAUGCUUUGGGGGAAGGGGUUAGGACUCCUAUCAUAGAGGACUGUACACAGAUGAUCUGUCAGUAAAGGGCUUGCUGUACAGCAUAGGAACUUGAGAUUAUAUUUCUAGAAUGCAUGUAAAAAGCUAGGUAUGGACAGGUAUGGUGGAACAUGCCAUUAGUCUUAGUAUUUGGAAGACAGAGGCAAGCAGAUCUGAGUUCAGGGCCAGCCUGGUCUACAUAGCAGUUCCAAGCUAGCCAAGGCUACACAGUAAGGCCCUGUUUCAAGAAAAAAAGACCAGGCAUGGAGGGGCACACCUGCAAAUCCAGGACUAGGAGGCAGGCAGAGACAGGAUGAUGCCUAGAGCUUGUCUGCCAAUCAGUACACUCCAGGUUCAUGGUCAGACCCUGUCUCAAAACUAAAGUGAAGAGCUAUUGAGGAAGAUACCAGAUGUCAACCUCUGUCCAACAUGCACACAUACACAUACACUGGUAGGUUUCAAACCUGGGGCAAAUGGCAGAGGUGCCUAGUUAAGGUUCUCCCAGCAUCUCUCAGCCCCUACCAGGUCCUCCUAGUUGGCAUACCCCGCCCCCUACCCCGAAACUCUUCAGCCCAGGGGGUUGGGCUUCUUCCCUAUAUAAUCCAACUAUUUUGGUCACCCUUUCUCUUUGUACCUUUGGGCCUCCUGGUUGCUGCAUCUGGUUCCUCUGUUCUCCCUUAUCUCUUUUCCUCCCUCCUCUCCUCACAAGGCCCAGCUUAGAGUGUUCAUGUCUAUUCUGGACUCUCUCCCGGAUGCCCCUGCCUCUGGCUAUGCUCUCCCACAUAUCUACCAUAAACUCUCUCCUCUACCAUACCUAGGACAAGUCAUGUUCCUUUCCUUUUCCUUUUUGUUUCCCAUUCAAACAUGUAAAUAGGAAAAACAAAAUACAACAACAACAAACAAAAAUAAAACCACAAAAGCCUUCUCUCCGAGCGGCUUCCUCCCGUCCUGCCCACCCAAACAUGCUUACUCAGACAUGACAUUUGAAACUUCUUUCGGUAGUCAUUCUCUGGCAGGAAUAGCUCAUUUAAUCAGGAGCUUUGGAGCCUGAGAGAAUGACUACUGGUCUCUAGCUCAUUUCCAUCUGUAGCUCAAGCUGGGUUUGAGGCUCUUCUCUGGGAGAGGCUGUUAACUGGAGUGAGGGUCAAAAAGGCAUGCGGGGAGAAGCUGAGAAUGAGAACUGCCCAGAGACAAGGUCUUGGCCUCACACACACACAAUACAGCCUUGGUUAGUACUUUUCUCUGAGCUAUUUUCUAUUUCCAGGUAUUAAAGGAGAUUACAUGGAUUCACACCAAAAUAACUUUGGAUGGCCAGACAUGGUAUCUUCCAUCUUUAAUCCUAGCACUGGGAAAACACAGACAGGUGGAUCUCUGUGAGUUCAAGGCCAGGUUUGCAUAGCAAGCUCCAGACCAGCCAAGGCUAUGUAGUGAGACUGUCUCAAAAAUCAAUCCAUCAAUCAAAUGAUCUUGGAUGUCACAUUCUUCUCAGUGAAUAGAACAACAUUUUAAUAGCAUCAAAUUUCCUACCUAGUAUUUUGGAGUUCCACAGGUGUGUGUGUAUGUGUGGCAAUGUACAACAAUAUUCCUGGUAUGACUACAUAUGUACAAAUUCAUUUUGGAUAAUAUUCCUGACAGCAGACCUUUAUUUGGAAAAUUGAGUUACCUUUCUCACCACACUGAGUAAUUGUUAGAGAAAAAUGGCAAUAACUUAAGAAUACUGAUCAGGGAGAAAAAAACCCAAAUGGUACAAGGCAUGGGUAAAUAGUCAUCAAAUUAAAAAAUCAUGCCAUAAAUUUGUUUUCUAAUAGUUUCAUUAACUUCACAUAAACAGUCCUAAUUCAUUUAAGGUGUGUAAUUCAAUAUAGUAUAUUCAAACUUGAACAAUCAUCACUACAAGUAACUUUAGACUAUUCUUAUCACCCCCAAGAGAAUCCUCUAACAAUGGGCCAUCAGCCACCACAGCUCUAGAUUACUCGUCAUCCAUUUUCUAUUUGUGUGUGGAUUUUUUUUCCAUUCUGGGCAUUUCUCCACACAAAUGGAAUCUUAGAAUAUAUAGUAGUUUAUGACUUGUUUCUUGUACUUAUCAUAGUGUUUUUAAAGUCCAUGUGUUGGAGAAGUACAUCCUCCUUUUUUGUUAUUAACAUUCUGUGUAGGGUAUUGUAUUAUUAUUUAUCCAUGCAUUUGGGUGGGGCUAGUAUGAAUAAUGCUGCUUCAUGAAAAUUUAUAUGUAAGUUAUUGCGUGGACAUGUUUUAUCUUGGGCAUACUCACACUGAGAAUAGAGAAUUGUUGGGUCUCUUGGGAACUAUUUCUCCAGGUGGCUGUACCAUCUUCUGUUCCCACCAGCAAUGUCUAAUGCUUCCAGCCUCUCAUCUUUAGCAAUGCUUCUUGUAUUUCAUUAGAUCUGUCCUAGUAUGUAUGAAGUAGCAUUCGAUGAUGAAUUUGAUUUGCAUUUCUCUAAUAACCAAUGUUUUUUGAGCAUCUUUUCAAGUCACCAGUGACAUAUUUUUGGAGAAAGUUCUAUUCAGACCCUUGCCCAUAUAAAGAUUUCAUUUCACGGAUUCAUUAAGAGUUCUUUGGGUGUUCUACAUACAAUUCUCUUAUGCAAACAUUUCUUCCAUCCUGUUUUUCUUCUUGUCAUUGUCUUGGUUUAGUUUUGCACCAGGAUUUCACUAUGUAGCUCAGGCUGGCCUGGAACUUGCAAAGAUCCUUCUGUCUCUGCCUCCCAGGUUCUGAGAUUCUGGGUAUUUGCCACCACACCUGGCCUUUCUCUGAAGCACAACAAAUACCAAAUUUUAAUGAAGUCCAACCUUCCGGUUUCCUUUUUUGGUGUAUUAUCUGAGAAACUACUGUCAAACCAUGGUCAAGAAGAUUCACUCUUGUGUUUUCUUCUAAAUGUUUUGAAAAAAAAUUUUUAAAAAGUUUUAAAGUUUUAACUCUUACUUUGUGAACAGUUAUAAAGUAAGGGUGUAAUUUCAUUCUUUGGAUAUCAAUAUGCAGCUGUCUUGGUAGCUUGUGUUGUCUUCACCACAGUCAAUGGUCUUUAUUCUUCCAAAAACAACUGACCAAGAAUAUUAGAGUAUAUGCUAGGCCUCAUAAUUCUAUUACCACAUAGUCUUCAUUACUGUAGCAUUGUAGUGAGUUGUGGAAUUAGGACAUAUAAAUCUUCCAAUUCUGGUUAUGUUUCAAGACUGAACUAACUAUUCUGGGUUCCUUAAACUUCUAAGUAAGUAUAUCUGUAAAUAAGCCAGCCAGGGGUCUCACAAUGGAAAAUGUUUUCAAUUUCAAAAUUAAAUAAACAAUGAGAUAUUAAGAUCUGCAAGAUAUUUAUCUGUAGUUAAUUUUCUUUCAAUAGUUAAUGAAAAUGUUAGCAUUUUCUUCCUUUUGUGUUAGGAUAUAUAUAUAAAAGAAACCCUAUUAUUAAAGUAAACCUGAAAAAGAAUCUUCCUAUUAAACAAAAAAUAUGUUUGCAAUAUUAUUUCUUUUAGGGGGCAACUAAUUCAAUAAAGAUUAUAUAAUGGAGGAAAGUCAUUCCUAUCUUAACACAUUUUGUUUAUUUUUACCACUAGACUUUGGGUUAUUAAGGAUUUUAUUUUUUAUGGUUUUGAGGACAUAACCCAGGUUUUUCAUACAUGGUAGGCAAAUACUCUUCAAUUGAGUUCUCUCUGCAGCCUGCAGAUCAAAACAAAACAAAACAUUAUGGUAAAGCAUAACAAUUUACAUACUUUUAGUUAACUGUGAAGCAUUAAAUAAUGAUAUUAAGAAAAAAAUGGAAGUAAUCCUGGUAGUUGAUGUGGGAGGUUAUAUAGUGUGGUGGUUUGGAUAUGCUUGGCCUAUUAGGAGGUGUGGCUUUGUUGGAGUAGGUGUGGCCUUGUUGGAAGAAGUACAUCAUUGUGGGAGUGGGCUUUGACACCCUCCUCCUCGCUGCCCGAAAGACAGUAUUCUGGCUACCUUUGGAUCAAGAUAUAGAACUCUUGGCUCCUUCUCCAGCACCAUGUCUGCCUGCAUGCUGUUGGCUAGGAUGAUAAUUGACUAAACAUCUGAAACUGUAAGCCAGCCCCAAUUAAAUGUUGUCUUUCUAAGAGUUGCUUUGGUUAUGGUGUCUUUUCACAGCAGCAAUAAAACCCAAACUAAGACAUAUGGAUAAAGCGAAGAUAUUUCAGAGUAGAGAAACUGCUACGAAUCAGGUCUCACUGCCAAGAAGACUGUCCACAAGUAAGUUUUUGAAUGACUGCAUGAAUGCAGAUGGAAGUAUACCUCUUUGACCUGACCACAAGAGGCACAGUGGUAGAGGACAGCUGAAGGAUACCUUAUAAGGGCUGAUGCUUACUGGAUGAACCUAAGAACAGCCCCAAGUUGGACUUUUUUUUUCCACAACAGGACUGAUAUGAAGAUCAGGUAGAAUGCAUGUACCUACUUAAUGUACUAACCACAAAUCUCUCUAUAGCAGGCUUUCAUCAUUCAGUGAAAUUUCUUCCCAUUUUCUGAGAGAGAGGGAGGGCAGGGAGAAUACCUGUGGAGGCCAAAAAAAAGAGGACAUCUGAUCUACUGGAGCUGGAGGUACAGGUAGUUGUGAGCUACCCAAUGUGUGUACUGAGGACUGACCCAUGUGCUCUGGAGGAGGAAGGAGCAAGUGUUCUUAGUGAGCGAUUCAUCUCUCCAGCCUCCCUUCCCAACUUCUUGGAACUCUCAACUGAGACACAUAUACAAAGCAUAAUGUUAUAUUAGCUGAUAUUUACUGAAAUUCUGUAAAAGGUUUGGUAGCAUCCUAAUAGAUGCUUACAACAACCCUAUGUCAUAAAUACUAGCAGUGUUAGCAUUGAAAGGCAAAGAAACUGAGGUCCUGGGAAGCUAAAUAAGUAUGUUGUCUUAGGUCCUGUCAGAGUUAGUGAUAAAUCCACUAAGGCCAUCUAACCACUUAUCCAGCAUCCCUGGAUGUCCAAUAAGUUGUUUCAUUGAACUGCUUCAUUCUUUAAUCAAUUCAGUCUCUACCAGCUGCAGAUGCGAUUGAAGACAGCACAUGGAUUAGUGUGGGCUUUUAGAAAAGAAUGUUAAACUGGGCACGGUGGCGAAUGCCUAUAAACAUGGGAAGUGGAGACAAGAUGCUCAGGAGUUCAAGAUCAUUCUAAAGUGAAACAAAACCAACCAACCAACCAUACACUCGAUUCAGCUUUCAUCUCUUAUGAAACAGGGUCCUCUGACCUCCACACACUUGCUGUGGCACAUACACUCACACAGAGACAGACACAUAGAAUGUAAAGUUCUGAGCUUCAGCUCUUACAGAAAGGUAUAUAAAACUGGAAAAUAAUUGACAGAUAAAGUACCUCAAAUUUGAAGUACUGUCUUCCACAGAGCAGUGCACGACAUACCUUCAUAUGGACUAUAAAGUGAGGAGGUACAGCCAUUGUGCCCUGGAUAUUUCCUGUGUCAGUAACAUCCCUUUUGGCUCAGAGUAGUCCAGUAGUAUUCCCUUUGGCUCAGGAUAGUAUGCACGGUUGGCCCAAAUCAGCCAUCAGUUGGUUAUGCCUACGUAUAUUAUCUAAUUGUUUCUGUGAUGUAUGCAUAGAGUUCUGUGGAGGCAACAGAGCCCUUAUGGCCCACAAAGCACAUUUACUAUUGGACUUUUCUGAAAGCUUAUGGCAACCCCUGCUCCAGAACAAGAAGCAAUCUUCCACAGCUGACCUUUUCUUUCUCUGUAGUACUAAGCACACCGGGUCAGCAUCUCCCUUAGCCUCAAAUUAACAAGUGAGCAGCAAACAAGCUAUAUAAAUGACAACACUCUGUGAAAGAAACCAAAGUUUUCACAAUGCCAUAAGGGGAAAAGAACUUUAUAAGUAGAAAAAAAAUCAUUAAGUAACAGGAUUUGCUUUGUUUUACAUUAAUUUCACUCCUUUAAACUGAUUACAACUUCAAAGGCCCAUUGCCCCUCAUUUGAAUUCGAACAUAUUCUUGUUUACAAAGAAAGAAUUAAAAUGGAGCUGCUUGCUGUUCAAAGGCAAGAAGGACCACAGUGCUCAAGAUUGGGAAAGCCCGGCAGUCACAUCAGUCAGUGCAAAAUCUGCAUUUUAUUAAAGACAUGUGGGAAGAUCCAUUCAAAAAUACAUUGUGCUCAGUAAAAAUUAACCACCUCAUGCUGCUAAUGAAGGGAACCACAGAGUAGAUAUUUGUAGAAUAUGUACAGCAACAAUAGAAAUUUUACAGAAGUUUAGAAUGGAAUACAUGCCA